AUGACUACUAUGGAGACGACCCCCACAGUCAACGCUUCAGAUGUGGACGUGAAGCGACCCGGCGACGACGUGGAGAAGGACGACAUCAAGCGUCCUCGUGUGGAGGACACCGACGCCAUGGACACAGAGGAGCCAAAACCCACUGACUCCAAGGACGCCACCGAGUCCAAGCCCGACGAGGCGCCCAAGUCAGACGAGUCGGAGGUUAAGGAUUCUGAUGACAAGCCUACCGAAGAGACCAAGCCUGAGGUCAAGACGGAAGAUACCAAGGGGCAGCAGGACGAAUCCGCUCACUCUGAGGCAGCCUCUCUGCCCACUCCUUCCUCCUCCAUUGUCGAGUCCGACAAACCUGUGGUGGAAAUGCCAAAGCACCAAGUCAAGUAUGCGGCAUCAUCUCUCAAGGCCGUGAAGCGGCUCAAGGAUGCCGCACCGUUCAUCCACCCCGUGGACCCCGUCAAGCUCAACAUCCCAACAUACUUUGAGGUAAUCAAGCAUCCCAUGGAUCUUGGCACCAUGGAGAAGAAGCUCAACAACGGCGAGUACGGCACGAAAGAAGAUAUGAUUGCCGACGUUCAGCGGAUUGUCGACAACUGCCUGACUUUCAAUGGCGCCGAUUCUUUCAUUUCCAGCAUGGCCAAGUCACUCUUCACAUCGUUUGAACGUCACAUGUUCAACUUCCCCAGUGCCGACGCCCCAACAGAGCCCCAAAAGAAGAAGAAGUCUUUGGGUGGCGGUUCCAGCACCCGGACUCCUCGAGGAUCUAUGACUGCUGGCAGUGAAGAGACCUACGCACUACAACCCAGUGGCGUCCCCACUAUUCGACGGGAGUCUGCUAUCGACGGGCGACCGAAGCGGGAAAUUCAUCCCCCGAAGCCAAAAGACCUCCCUUACACCAAUAUUAAGCCCCGCAAGAAGAAGCACGCUAUUGAGCUCCGAUUCUGCAACCAGGUGCUUAAGGAACUAACCAGCAAAAAACAUGAGGAGUACUCGUUCCCCUUCCUUCUCCCAGUGGACCCCGUGGCUCUCAACUGCCCCUCGUACUUCAAGAUCAUCAAGGAGCCCAUGGACCUGUCCACUGUGCAGGAAAAGAUGAACAACAACGCCUACGAGACUGCGGACGAGUUUGAGAGCGACGUGCGCCUCAUUUUCAAGAACUGUUACCGGUUCAACCCUGAUGGCACUCCCGUCAACAAGAUGGGCAAGAGACUCGAAGCCAUCUUCGACAAAAAGUGGGCUGAGAAGCCCAUCCCCCCUCCUUCUCCUCCCCCAACGAUGGACGACUCCUCUGACUACGACGAGUACUCUUCGGAUGAGGACCUCGCCUCUUCUAUCACUAACCCUGCCAUUGCAUUUUUGGAAGAGCAGAUUGAGAGAAUGAAGCAGGAACUCACCAAGAUGAAGAAGGACGCUGCUCGAGAGAUGAAGCGGUCUCGACGGCGAGGCUCGUCCAAGCGAUCGAAGUCCAGUUCUAAGCGAAAGGGUUCGCGGUCGUCCGAUUCCGGCGGAGUGGUUGUCUCCUACGAGAUGAAGAAGGAACUCAGUGAGCGAAUUCCCCAGCUCAAGGAGAAGCAGCUUCAGCAUGUCAUCAAUCUCAUUCACGAGUCGAUGCCCCAGCUUAAGAGUGAGGGUCAGGAUGAGAUUGAGCUGGACAUGGACCAGCUCGACCCCCACACGCUGAUGAAGCUGUACAACUAUGUUGUCAAGGACGACAGCAAGAAGAAAUCAUCUUCAGGAGGCAAGAGUACGUCUUCCUCCCGACCUUCUUCUUCUGUCUAUCCUGGUCAGCGGAAAAAGUCCAAGCCCAUGUCUGAGAGUGAGCAGGCACAGCAGAUUGAGCAGAUUCAGAAGAAGCUGCGACAGUUUGAUGAGGCUGAGGGCGGUUCUGCUACCCCUCCUCCCACCAACGGCCACUUUGAUGAUUCGUCUGACGAUGACAGUGGUUCCAGUAGUGAAGAGGAGUAA